GCCCUAGCGCUGGUGGCGCCAAGGUGAUGACGUCACGUGCGUCUGACGGCGCUGCGCAGAGUGCGGCUUGGAAAUGGCGGUCGGGCUUCAGGCCUGGAGCGGCGGGUUCGUGUAAAACAUAAACAACACCAAGGGCCUUUGCCCCCGAGGGUACCGGAGUCUAAAUAUUGCAGCCGCUGGUCGGAGCCUAAGGAGGGUGUAAAGACGGAUGUAGUCAUUUAUUGUGCAGCCUCAGUUUGUUCAGAUUCUGUGUCAAGACCCAAGUUAACAUCACAAUGGCAACAGAAAUUGGAUCCCCACCUCGCUUCUUUCAUAUGCCUCGGUUUCAGCAUCAGGCUCCCAGACAGCUCUUCUAUAAGCGACCUGACUAUGCCCAGCAACAAGCCAUGCAGCAGCUCACCUUUGAUGGCAAACGUAUGCGAAAAGCUGUGAACCGCAAGACUAUAGACUACAACCCCUCCGUCAUCAAGUACUUGGAGAACCGUGUUUGGCAGAGAGAUCAGAGAGAUAUGAGAGCUAUUCAGCCAGAUGCUGGUUACUACAAUGAUCUUGUUCCACCUAUUGGGAUGAUUAAUAAUCCUCUGAAUGCUGUCACUACAAAGUUUGUUCGCACUUCUACCAAUAAAGUAAAAUGCCCUGUGUUUGUGGUCAGGUGGACUCCAGAGGGUCGACGGUUGGUUACUGGAGCCUCUAGUGGAGAAUUCACUUUGUGGAAUGGGCUUACCUUCAAUUUUGAGACUAUUUUGCAGGCUCAUGACAGCCCAGUUCGAGCCAUGACAUGGUCCCAUAAUGACAUGUGGAUGCUGACUGCUGAUCACAGCGGCUAUGUCAAGUAUUGGCAAUCAAAUAUGAACAACGUCAAGAUGUUCCAGGCGCAUAAGGAGGCGAUUAGAGAGGCCAGUUUCUCACCUACGGAUAAUAAAUUUGCCACGUGUUCAGAUGAUGGGACAGUUAGGAUAUGGGACUUUCUACGUUGCCAUGAGGAGAGAAUACUACGAGGACAUGGUGCAGAUGUAAAGUGUGUUGACUGGCACCCAACUAAAGGACUUCUUGUCUCUGGAAGCAAAGACAGCCAACAGCCAAUAAAAUUCUGGGAUCCCAAAAAUGGACAGAGCCUUGCAACACUACAUGCACACAAGAACACAGUUAUGGAAGUGAAAUGGAACUUGAACGGGAAUUGGCUGCUCACUGCUUCACGAGAUCAUCUCUGUAAACUCUUUGACAUCCGCAACCUUCGUGAAGAGCUACAGGUUUUUCGAGGCCACAAAAAAGAGGCCACAGCUGUUGCCUGGCAUCCAGUGCAUGAGGGUCUGUUUGCUAGUGGAGGAUCUGAUGGCUCAUUGCUGUUCUGGAAUGUUGGAGUGGAGAAGGAAGUUGGUGGCAUGGAAAUUGCACAUGAAGGAAUGAUCUGGAGUCUUGCAUGGCAUCCUUUAGGGCAUAUUCUGUGCUCAGGAUCUAAUGACCACACCAGCAAAUUCUGGACAAGAAAUCGACCUGGGGAUAAAAUGCGUGAUCGUUACAAUUUGAACUUACUCCCUGGCAUGUCAGAGGAUGGAAUGGAAUACGAUGAUGUUGAGCCCAAUAAUUUAGCUAUUAUCCCUGGAAUGGGAAUCCCUGAGCAACUGAAAAUGGCUAUGGAGCAGGAACAAAUGGGUAAAGAAGAGUCAAGUUCUGUGGAGAUGACCAUACCAGGGCUUGACUGGGGGAUGGAAGAAGUAAUGCAAAAAGACCAGAAGAAAGUUCCUCAGAAAAAGGUUCCCUAUGCUAAACCCAUUCCGGCUCAGUUCCAGCAGGCAUGGAUGCAAAACAAAGUACCGCUAAUGCCACCGUCAGAAGGAGUUCCUGACCGUAAGGAAGAGAAAAUGUCUGAUGAAAAGAAGAAGAACCAGGCAGAGAUUGAACAGGAGAUGGCAGCUUUACAAUAUACCAAUCCUCAGCUGCUGGAGCAACUAAAGAUAGAAAGAAUAGCACAGAAGCAAGCUGAGACACCUGGGCAACUUCAGGGUCUCCCAUCUCCGUUGGGUGGACCUUCACAUGGGCCCUCAACAUUCCAGGCUCCAGGACCUCAGCCACAGCAAACGCAAAGAUUCCAGCAGCCCCACCCCCCACAGCAGAUGAAUGUGCAACAUGGUCCUGCAGGACAGUUUCUUCCACAAGGAUCUCAAGCAGCCCCAGGUCCACAAAAUUUUAUGGUUUCUGGUCCACAGGGGGUGAGGUCUCAAGAAAUGCAUCCUGGUGCAAGUAGACUACCAGUUCCUCAUGGACCAAUUGGUGCACAAGGUCCCCCAGUUAACUCUGGGCCACAAAAUCAGUUAGGGCCUCAGGGGCCAUCUGGUCCUAGACCUAUUCAAGGAAUGUCCUCUCACCAUAGCAUGCAAGGGGCACCUGGUCCUCAAGGACCUCUUAUGGGAGUUACUCCAAGGGAAGGUCCGAUGCCACAUGGACUUCGAGAAAGCUCAGGCCCUAAUCAAGGUAUGGCAAUAGUGCAUCCAGCACAAGACAUGAGAGGCCCCUCUGGAGCAAUAGUUGGACAUGGACAAGAUAUGCGGAGCCCUAUGGAACUGAGAGGGCCCUCAGAUAUGCGAGGACCACAGGAAAUGAGAGGUCCUGCAGACUUAAGAGGACCCAAUGAUAUGCGGGGCCCUCAGGAUAUGAGAGGGGGCCCUGACAUGCGAGGCCCUCAAGAUAUCAGGGUACCAAUGGAUAUGCGUGGUCCUCAGGAUAUGAGAGGUCCUCAUGAUAUACGUGGUCCUCAAGACAUGAGGAGUCCCUCUGGUAUGGGUGGUCCUCAAGAUAUUAGGGGACCUCCAGAUUUGCGUGGGGCUCAGGAUAUUAGGGGACCCCAUGAUAUGCGUGGACCCCAAGAUAUGAGGGGUCCAUCUGAUAUCAGAGGCCCACAAGAUAUGCGGGGGCCCCAAGACAUGAGAGGACCCCAUGAUAUCAGGGGCCCCACAGAUAUGCGUGGCCCUCAGGAUAUGAGGGGACCCCCAGAUAUGCGUGGCCCUCAGGAUACAAGAGGACCCCCAGACAUGCGUGGCCCUCAGGAUCUUAGGGGACCCCCAGACAUGCGUGGCCUUCAGGAUAUAAGAGGACCUAUGGACAUGCGUGGCCCACAAAACAUGAGGGGUCCAGCUGACAUGCGUGGCCCCCAAGAUAUGAGGGGUAUGCCUGACAUGCGAGGUCCACAGGAUAUGAGAGGUCCUCCUGACAUGCGUGUCCACCAAGAUAUGCGGGGACCACCUGAUAUGCGUGGUCCACAAGAUAUGCGGGGACCUCCUGAUAUGCGUGGUCCACAAGAUAUGCGGGGACCUCCUGAUAUGCGUGGUCCACAAGAUAUGCGGGGACCACCUGAUAUGCGUGGUUCACAAGAUAUGCGAGGUCCACCUGACAUGCGUGGUCCUCAAGAAAUGCGAGGACAUCCUGAUAUGCGUGGCCCUCAAGAUAUGCAAGGACCUCCAGAUAUGCGUGGUCCACCUGACUUGCGUGGUCCUCAGGAUAUGAGGGGUCAUCCAGAAAUGCGUGGACACCCAGAUAUGCGCGGCCUUCAGGACAUAAGAGGCGGUCCGGACUUGCGAGGUCCACCAGACAUGCGUGGACCUCAUGAUUUAAGGGGACCUCCUGAAAUGCGUGGACAUCACGAUAUAAGAGGUCAACCUGAAAUGCGUGGUCAUCAGGAUAUGAGGGUUCCCCCUGAUAUGCGCCAUCAAGAUAUGAGAGGCCCGCAGGAGAUGAGAAGACCAAAAGAUAUGAGAGCAUCCCAUGAUAUGCGUGGCCCUCAGAAUAUGAGGGGCAUGCCAGACCAUGGACCACAAGAAAUAAGAGCAUCCCCUGAUCUGAGAAGCCCUCAGGAUUUGCGAAAUCUACAGGAUAGUAGGGGACCUGCUGACAUUGGUGGCCCCCAGGAUUUAAGAGGCCCUCAACCUGGACUUUCACAAGGAAACUCCCAAGGACCUCAUAGCCAGCAGAACACGGCACGAGCAUCUCACCCAGCACAACAAAAGGCACCAUUACUGGGAGAUGGACCCAGGCCUUUUAACCAGAGUGGAAAAGGUCAGGCCCCACCUCCCCUGAUCCCUGGCCUAGGAUCACAGAGUUCACAAGGACGUGGCCAUCAAGGUCCAAGCCCUAACAAAGGUGACAUCCGUGGUCCUCCAAACCAUCAGUUAGGCGCACAACCAGACCGAAGACGUGAGCAAAGCCCUGACCAUGGCCCAUUCCAUGGCGGACAAGAGUGGGGUGAUUCCCGAGACAACAGAGGACCUUCUGACAGACGGGGCCCUCACCCUGAUUCUCACGAGAGGCCAGAAGAUUUUCCUCCAGAUGAUCGGUAUGGUCCACGGGGGCGUGAAUUUGAUGGAAGAGGUGGAGGUUCUUCCUCUCAGGAUGACAAGUGGAGACGUGGGGGACCUGCUUCACAGUUUCCUUCUAACCACAGAGAUUUUCCAGACAGAGAGAACAGGGAUUCAAAUCGCUGGGAGGGUAGAAGGCAUUCAGAGGAGAGAUAUAACCGAGAAUCAGAGGAUGGAAGGUUACGAGGACAAAGGGAUGAAGCUUUUCACAGGGCUGGUCCACAAAGGCGUGAAGGGCGUGGGUCCCGAGGGAGUGAAGGGUUUGCUAACCCAGAGGAAUUUGGUCCUGAUGACAAUUUUGACUCCAAAGAUGAACCAGUAAGAGGCAGAGAUGGAGGCAGAGGUCGUGGCCGAGGCUCCCAAAGGGAAGGAAGAAAAGGACUGCUUCCUACCCCAGAACAAUUCACUGGAUCAGACCGGGCACCUAACCAUCAGUCCCGAGAAUCAAGAGACGCUGGACCUGAUCACUUUCCUAACAGUCCUCGCCGUGACAUUCCUACUCCUGAUGGUCAUUCCCCAGCCAGCAGGGAGCGAUCUUCUUCACUGCAGGGCAUGGACAUGGCUUCAUUACCCCCACGCAAAAGGCCCUGGCACGAUGGCCCUGGUACACCUGACCACAGGGACAUGGACACAGCAGGGGGGGCACCAGAAGAACCUGUAAAAGCAGCCCGUGAGAGCUCAGGCCCUUCAUCGAGGUCUCAACGGCCAAGUCGCUCUAGCUCCCAGGAGCAAGAAGAGGGCUCAUCUAGGGGUACGCGCGGAACAGGAAGCUGGGGAAGAGGGGGCUCUAGAGCAAACAGCAACAUGAACUCCAGUCAGUCAUGGAGAGGAGGUCCUAGGGGAAGUAGCAGCAGCAGUGGAGGUGGGAGGAGUCGGUAGGAAUUACUCAAUUCAGUGAAAUGACUCUCUCCUCCUCGGCCUCCAAGUCCAUAUUGGACCAAACAUAUUGUGACUUAUAUACGGGAACCCCAUAGCAGUGUCUGUUAUUAAGAGGAGCCUCUUUUGGAGCUGUGUGACCCUGCACACAGUAGCUGGAUGCACUGGAAACGUAUGUCUGUCAAACAAAGAUUAAAAGCCUCAUGGACAAUAAUCGGAAAUCAUCACAUCGGUUUUCUUCUGUUUAUGUUAAGUACUUUUGCUCUCAUGUCAGAGCUGGCAUCCUCUCCUUCCGCCACUUCCUAGUAUAUAAAUGGAUAUUUCUAUGUGUACAGUUUGUCAAGAAAUGAUUUGUUUUUGUAUGCAAUGCAGAAUGUAAUCUGAGCAAGAAUUACCAAUGAAAAAGAAAGCUGCCUAAUCUUAUUUCAUGUUCUGAAUAUGAAAAAUCCACUGGGAUGUGUAUGCGUCUAUACACAUAGGUCAAAGUGUGGACAGAGUGCUGCGUUCCAACACCUGGAUACAUAUUAUAUUGUAUAAAAAGCAUAUUAUGUUGACAUGGGCAUCAAAGUAAUAAUUGGCAGGGCUGGUGUCUACACCAUAAAGCAUGCUGACACUUCUUUUUCUCCUCUCUUUACAAUGUCUGUAUAAGUGAGUAUUGUAGGGAGCAAAUGACCAAAGAAGUGUUGUCUGUGGUGCAGACAGGAAUAAACUGGGCAGUUUGUUUUA